AAUUCAAUCCUGGCCCAGGCGGGGUCUGCUGCACUGAUGUCACAGGAAGCGGGGAGGUUUCCCUUCGGCUCGCGAGCGCUUCUCAACCUGACGGGGCUCCCAGGCUCAGACCGGAGCCAGUCCGCCUGCCUCUCCCUUCCCUCGCGGUCCGGCUCGGGAUCCUGGCGGGAUCCAUCCUGAUCCCUCGCUUUUGGCUGCAUUCUUUGGAGGGAGAGACGCUCAGCACACUUGGAGGUCUGCUCUCGUGCUUUGGGGCUACUUCUUCUUCUUCUUUUUUUUUGCUGGACUAUAGCACAAAACGACAUUGCCUAGAUUGAGUGAUGGAGGCCAAAUGGAUCAUACAGCUACUAUUCUUCUGCAUCAUUAACUCAGUUUGUGUCACCGCAAUUCCAGAAGAAAAGGAAGGGAACUCUACUGAUGAACACUUACUAACAAGUGAUGGAAAUGUGACAGAUGAGAUGCAUUCACUAGGUGUUACCAAGAAUAAAAUCAUGAUAGCACAGUUUGAAUGUUACCAGAAAAUUAUGCAAACUCCAGUAAAUAACAAUCAAGAACCUCACUGCAACAGAACAUGGGAUGGAUGGUUAUGCUGGGAUGAUGUUCCUGCAGGAAAAACAGUAAUGCAGAACUGUCCUGACUACUUCCAGGAUUUUGACACUUCAGAAAAAGUUUAUAAGACGUGUGAAGAUAAUGGACAGUGGUUUCUACACCCUAAGAGUAACAGAACAUGGACAAACUACACACUCUGUAGUGCAGAAAUACCAUCAAAAUUGCAGACAGCUUUGAAUUUGUAUUAUCUCACUAUCAUUGGGCAUAGCCUUUCCAUUGUUUCACUUUUGAUUUCUCUUGUCAUAUUCUUUUAUUUUAAGAGCCUGAGUUGCCAGAGGAUCACUUUGCAUAAAAAUCUCUUUUUCUCCUUUGUUUGCAACUCUGUGGCUACAAUCAUCUGUCUGACAGGAGUUGCCAGCAAUCAACAGCUUGUUGCCGCGAAUCCUGUUGGAUGCAAAGUGGCUCAUUUCUUUCAGCUUUAUUUUAUGAUGUGCAAUUACUUCUGGAUGCUCUGUGAAGGCAUUUACCUGCAUACACUCAUUGUGGUGGCUGUAUUUGCAGAAAAACAGCACUUGCUGUGGUAUUACCUUCUUGGAUGGGGUUUCCCACUGAUUCCUGCUUUCAUACAUGCAGUAGCAAGAAGGAUAUACUUCAAUGACAACUGCUGGAUCCGUUCAGACACGCAUCUGUUGUACAUCGUCCAUGGUCCAAUUUGUGCUGCUCUGUUGGUGAAUCUCUUUUUCCUCUUGAACAUUGUUCGGGUUUUGAUAACCAAGCUCAAAGUUACCCACCAGGCAGAAUCCAAUCUCUACAUGAAGGCUGUCAGAGCCACCCUCAUAUUGGUGCCACUUCUUGGUAUUGAAUUUGUGUUGGUUCCCUGGCGACCAGAGGGCCGCAUCGCAGAAGAGGUUUAUGACUAUGUGAUGCACAUCCUUACGCACUAUCAGGGCUUGCUUGUGGCAACAAUUUUCUGCUUCUUUAAUGGAGAGGUCCAGUCUGUCCUGAGAAGGAACUGGCAUCAAUAUAAGAUCCAAUUUGAGCAUAGUUUUGCCCACUCGGAUGCUCUUCGCUCAGCUUCAUACACCGUCUCGUCUUCAAUCACUGAUGCUCAGAGCUUCACCUAUAAUCAUGAAUGCAACAGUGAACAUUUAAAUGGGAAAAACUAUCAUGACAUGGACAAUGUGAUAUUUAAAGCUGAGAAGUUAUAUGGCUGAAUAGAGAAGACUCUUUAUGCCCAACCCACCCGUAAUGUUUUGCGUGGAUACCUUUGUGAAGAAAGAGGAUCUUCUUUUUUUGUUUUCUUUUUUGUCAAGUGUUGUCGAAGAUGGUUGUUCUUGAAAGAUACAGUGAAUUUGUUUCUCGCACCUGCACAUGCUGUUACUUAGCUUGGCAUGUGUGGGUUCGCUCUUGGUUGUUUAUACACUGAAGCAGGUCAUGCCCAUCAACUGAACUUUGGAACAGCUUUGACUCCUGGAUUCCCCGCAUUGAAAGAAAUACUGGUUGAAAUUUGGGAUCAGUCAUGCUCUAAGUAUAUGCAGACGAAUGUGUAUGUUUUUUUACAUAUGAAGACGUAUCAAGACAAAUCAAUGUUGCCAAUUCAGUUUCUACUGUGUAGACAAAGUGGGCAAUUAUUUUGUAUGAAGGGAAUCAAAGAAAAGUUCCUUAUUUUUUUCUCCCAGCAGUUUGUAAUAUGACUGGGUUUUCUUGGAGGUCAUUUUGUUUGUUGACAAAAAAUACCCUUGUAAAUAUUGUAUUUAGCAUAUUAUGUUGUCUUAAGUGCAGCCAACAGAGAUGUUGAGAAAGGAUGCAGUCAUGACAAUGCAUUCUUCAUGUUGUCUGUACAACAUUUAAUUCUGACAAAGAUAGGGGGAAAAAUCUGCGAUAUUUUAAACUGCGAGUGUUAUAAAGCUCUUAGGAAUUUUAGGGCCAGCACUGUAUGAUAUACCUCUGCCUUUUUCCUCCACAGAGAGUCUCUCAUAAGAAAGAAUGGAUAACUAGAGUCACAAUCCUUGGUUGCCAUUGUUCUCUUCUAAGCAUAGCAGUUCUGUGGAGUAUCUAUGCUUGCAUCAGUUUCCUUUCCCUCAAAAUAACUUAUUUGACUUCUUCUCAUGCUUUCGUGUGACCCUCUCCAGUAAAGUGAACUGGAGCACAUCAACAGAAUUGAAUAGCCUCUAUAGCAGUGGUUCUCAACCUCUGGGUCCCCAGGUGUUUUGGACUACAACUCCCAGAAAUCCCAGCUAGUUUACCAGCUGUUAGGAUUUCUGGGAGAUGGAGGCCAAAACAACUAGGGACCCACAGGUUGAGAACCACUGCUAUAUAGGGUUGGUUCUGGUGACUGUGGCUGUUUGAUAUGUAAUAAAUCAAUUAGGCACUGUUCUUACCUCAAAGACCUGUAAUCCUUACCUACUUAGUAAAAAGAAAGGGAAGUUGGCACCUUUAAAUGUUUCAGACUGGUUUCCUUGACCAGAUGUUUAGCCUCAGAGGAAAGUUAGCAGACAACAAGCUAUGCAGUCUUCUGAGGUACAGACUGUCGGAACCCAGACACCUUAAAGAGCCAGACUCAGGAGUAUGUCCAAAAGGAUAGUUUAUUAAAGCAAAGUAAACAGGACUCAGAGACACUUGCUUCAGUGCCUCUGGUCAAAACUCAAAAGUUGUAACAGUUUCUAGCUUAAAAAACAAACAUAGUCAAUAAUCUGGAUUAUCCUGGCAAAAAAACACGGAUUAUACAGGAGUUCUUCCAAAACACCCCAAAACUCACACAGUAAAAGGAAAACAAUCCAAUAAAGAGCCGUGAAGAAGAUUUGUUGUCCAAAUGAAGUCCAAAGUCGAAGAAAUCAAAGUCCAAAGUUGAAAGGUUCCAAAGUCCACAAGGCAGCAUCGUCAUCAAAAGCAGUCCGAAGUCAAGGAGAGAGGAAAUCCGCACUUACGAGAAUCCAAGCCGGUCAGUACACGAAGCAAAACAGCAACCUGCAGAUCCAGGACCCAAGCCCAACAGGAAAGCUGCAGCGACAAGACCCAAGGCACAAAACCAACACUUUGCCUACUGCAUAGUACUAACUAUUCAGUGCCUACUUUUAUCUUACAACUCAUCAUCCGAUGAUGAGCUACCCUCCACCCCGUCCUCAUCACUCUCAGCUGGUUUAGCUUCCACAGCUGAGCGCCAACGCCCAUCCCUCCAACUCUUCCACCUCUUGUCAAGACUUAGGUCUCCCCAGGAUUCUACAGUAUCACCCGAUUGCCAAUCCCCACCAUCAGAAAACCCCGCAAAUGUGUCACUGGACAUUGGUUGUGUACACACAUUCUGAACCUCUUGUACCUUGGUCCAAUCUAGUGCUGGCUCCUCAUCCCCAUCACUCCCAGACCCAUCAUUCCCAGAAAAA